GCGAAAGAGCUAGACUCCGUGGUGUGUCACAUGUUGAGAUAUGUGGACGCCAGACAGCGGGAGAUAGCCGUCAAUGUGGCCAGGAAGGUGUAAGAUUUUUUGCUUGAGGAUUCCAAAGAACCGUUCUAGGUUCUUGUUAGCUUCCAUGUCUGUGAAUGCCGGGAAUGGUAAUGAGAAGACAGCUCACGAAGCGUCUAAUCUUGGCAAACCGUUGCAAAUGCAACCCUCUCACCGGCUGCAAACAUGCACAUGCAAACGCAACUACCUCAUUCUACCAGGGGGUUGCACUUGCAUUGGUGUGUUGGUUGAUAUACAAUCAGCCAAUAGCCUUUGUCCUAUUGUAUUCGGCGUUAUCAUGCGAACGCCAUAGAGAUUCCGGGCAGGCUCUCCACCGGUACCGGCAUCGAUACCGGGGAGGUUCCCAAUCCUCGAACCAUAUUCUGCGACUUGAAGACGGGAUUCAACUGGCCGGCCAUGUGGCUUUUCUGCCUCAAAGGUCCGAAGGAUUUGCGGAGAUUGCGGCAGUUUGCAUUGAGGAGCAGCCAAACCAUCAAGGACUUAUCAUACGACUUGCUCGUAACGAGCUACAGCGAACAGAGGAAGUCGAAAGUAUACGGGGUCUACUUCGGGUUCUGGAGGACUGCGCAAGUGAAGGAAUGUUGGCUGUUCUGCGUGAGGUUCGACAGUAGCUAAGUAAUCAAGGCCUCAAAAGAAGCACUGUACAAGAUCGACUCUCCGAUGAAGCACUAGCAAUCAGUGAGAAUCGGAUUCUGCAGAGAUGGAUGCCGUCCUAAUACCCUGC